GGGAGGGCAAAUCUCUCCGAAUGCGGGCGCAUGUCAAUCACCGGGCUCUCAUGUGAUGGCUCUUGCCGGUGACGUGCCAGCCAUAUGGGCGCUGGCAUCACAGCCAUAGCUGGUAUGUAACCCCGUCCCCGGUAGCUCACGGUUGCCACACGCACACACACACACAUACAUGCAUACACACACAUGCAUACAUGCUCACUUGCUCACUCAGUCACUCACACGUAUACACACAGACACAGCCAAGACGCACGUUCGUUCACAAGCUCCACUUAUUCGGGCGCGCGUAUACUGGGAGAGAGGCACCGCUGAACGUCAGCACCAGUGAAGAAAGACGCGCGCUUCCUGCACCUAUACUCUGAUAGAGAGCGGUGGUUCGCUCGCUCGUGCGGUCCCUGAAGAUGGUCUGAAAGUAAAGAGCGUUUUUUUCUCCUCCCAUCCCCUGCAAAGAGCUCGAGCCGAGGAGCGGUUCCGAGGACUGGAGCAGCCCUGAUCACAGCGCACGGGCUGUAAAUAGAUCACAUCGGACACUAAUUUGAUUUAGAGAUUCCUGCGUCUGGACCUUGAAUCUGACAAACAAAAGACAAUGAGUGUGAGACAUUUCCGUGGAAGAUUUGUUUUUAUAAAUCGGCUCCGCUACCUUGAUGAAGGACGUCCUCGAGCUUAAUGGGAGAUUUAUUGAUGAUUUUGUCGAUGAUUUGCACGUUCAGUCCCGGAGCAAAUGAAAGGAUCCACAAUGUUAACGAGGCUUUUCAGUGAUCCUUCACUGCUUCCCGACGUACAAAAAUAUUCCGGCUGGGCCGAAGACAGCGACAGCGAGGACAACAAGGUCAAAGAGGAGGAUCAGGACACCCAGGACGGCAUGGAGGCCUCUGGUCUAAGAGGAGGCAGUCGGACUCACUCAGAACACGAUGGGGAAGACGACGAGGACGACGAAGUGGAGGAAGAGGACGACGGAGAGGACACGGAGGGAGACAGGCCCAAGAAACGGGGUCCCAAAAAACGCAAAAUGACCCAGGCCAGGGUCGAGCGCUCCAAGAUGCGGCGGAUAAAAGCAAAUGCUAGAGAACGCAAUCGCAUGCAUGACCUGAACUCUGCUCUGGACAAUCUGCGUAAAGUGGUGCCCUGCUACUCAAAAACACAAAAACUGUCCAAAAUUGAGACGUUACGAUUGGCCAAAAACUAUAUCUGGGCCCUGUCGGAGAUAUUACGCUCUGGGAAAAGGCCUGACCUUGUGUCCUACGUCCAGACGCUGUGCAAGGGUCUCUCCCAGCCUACAACCAACCUGGUGGCGGGAUGCCUCCAGCUGAACUCCCGCAACUUCCUCACUGAGCAGCAGUGCCAGGAGGGGGGCAGGUAUGGGUCAGGGUCCUUCUCCAUGCAUUCCUACCCUUACCAGUGCGCGCGUCUGUCUAGCCCCCACUGCCAACCGGGCUCGAACUCGCACCCGCUGAGGACACAUGGCUAUUGCUCGGCUUACGACUCACUGUAUGGCGGGAGCGGAUCCCCGGAGUAUAACAGUCCCGAAUAUGAGGGGCCUCUCAGUCCGCCUCUGUGCAUCAAUGGCAACUUUUCCCUGAAGCAUCAAGGCUCUGCGUCCCCCGACAACGAGAAGGGGUACCACUAUUCUAUGCAUUACUCCGGUCUGCCUGGCUCCAGACCUACUGGGGCCCACAACCUGGUGUUUGGCUCCUCGGGGACCCGGAGCGGUAUUCAUACUGAAAACGUCCUGCCUUACCACGACAUGCACAUACACCACGAACGGGCCCCCGUAUAUGACGAAUUGAACGCGUUUUUUCACAAUUAGACGACAAGCCUAUCGUGCGUCCCCUUGCAAUCAACAAUCUAUCCACGGCACACUUUUUGACAAGCUUACCCGCCAGGAUUUAGGCAUUCUGGGGAAAUCCUCCACUUGUUGUCAUUAGUGUUGUUCUUUUAAUUUGUUGUCUUGAAACAUGUUUUUGCUAUAGUCAGAGAUGUAGUGGAAGGUAGUCCACCUAACCUGCAAAGUGUUAUUUUGUGCAAUGUUUCUAUCUCUAAGCGGAAAUUUGACAAAACAAAUCAAGACUAAUGAGGAAAAUGGAAUUUUAAAUUGUUCAUAAUUUUAAUGUGUAGUUUGUCUUUGUAUUGGUGGUUGUCUGCAUUUUCAUGGCUGGGAGUCAAAGUUUACCCACUAAUUUAUUCACCACUACAUCACUGGCUACAGCUCUACCCUGAUAUUUGCGACGGUUUUCUAAUAAAAUACAUGAAAACCGAGCAAAACGACAUCACAUUUGGAAAGAUGUGUUUGUAUGUUUGUUUGGUUUUGUUUGUUUUUUUUAGAAAUAAUUAAAUCCAGACGAACACAGAGGGAAAAAUCCUGAGAACUGUACUUGUUGGGUUGCUUUAGAAGAAUCUGUUCUACAGCAAAUCAAUCGUUUCUGCGUCUAUGCAAAAUCUAACGAGGCCACAGAGCGAGGCAAGUAGGCCCAGAAGGACACUGUAUGUUUCAUCAGCACUGUUGCUGCACGCACGGGUGCGCGCAGACACACAAAUACACACGCGCGCGCACACACACACAUAUAUACAAACACAGGAAUAAACACGAAUCUAAAAAUGGGCUGGCCACAAUGUUCAACUUCUAAAAUAAAAAAAAUAAAUAAACAAAAAAAUUAAAAAAAAUUAAAUUACAUUGGAAUCGGACCUUUUCUUAUUUAAUUUUCUACUUCUAUUCAUACAUAUUACCGUUGCUCUUCUAAGUGAGCCAUUGCACUGUAUUUUAUUUUCAAAUCAAAUUUUUGGUUCCAUAUUUUCUAUUUGCAAUCUGCUAUGCUGAACACUUCACUAUUAUUAUUAUUAUUAUUAUAACUAUUAUUAUUACUAUUAUUAUUAUUAUUAUUAUUAUUGCACGUAUUUAUUGUAUUGUUUUCUAUUUAAUGUUAAUAGUGUCCGGAAAUGAAGGGAACACUGUGUUGCUGACCAUUGUUCUAUUUUUUUGCUUUUUUGUUAUUUUAAUUUAUUUAUUUUAUUAAUAUUAUUAUUGCUUUAUUUUUUGAAAAGACUCAAGUCUUUUAACUUUGUAUUCAACCAACUGUGUGGUACAAUAAAACAACGAUAAACGAGACUGUG